ACAAAAAUUCUCUCUCGCUCUCUUUCUCCAGGCAUAAAAUGAUCACUGUGAGAGAAAGCAGAAUCAGAAGGAAAGUGAUGCCGGAGACCACAACAACAUCAUCGGAGAAAGUUCCGACUAUGAGCAGCGAAGCCAUGGAAGCCAUAUCUGACAGACUUUCGCAGCUCGAAAACUUAUACUUCCCUCGCGCUCUCCUAUCCUCCGCCGCCAAUCCCUCCCAACGCAAGUCCCUCCUCCUCGACCUCCUCUCUCGAGACAUCGCCGUUUUCUUAGAACGGUACGGUUCGAAACUAGAAUUUGAUGAGCUAAAAGAAUUUGAUGAGUUGAAAGACGAUUACGAAAUCAAUUGGCAUUUGAACCAUUUGCGGAGUGUGAUUAGUCCGACGACGGAGGAAUUGAGGUCGAGGUCGGCCAAGAUUAAGAAUCGGAGGUUGGGGUACAUGGAUAAGUUGAUGUGUGGUGGGAACUACUUUUCGGAGGAUGCGAUGAGGGAGAGAGAGCCGUACUUGCACCACGAGUAUGUGGGGAAGUUUCAGGACCCGAGUGGGAGGAGUAUGGCGAGGCCAGGAGAGCGGUGGUCUGAGACACUGAUGAGGCGGUCGGAGGAGGCCAUUUUGGUGGAGAAGAUUAGGGGGGAGCAGCAGAGGUUGGGUGUGGCUCAAAGGGAUUGGGUAGGAAAUGAAAUAGAACAACAAGAGGAAGAGGAGGAGGAGGAAGAUGAUGAAAAAGAAGAGGAAAGAGGAGCUGAAGCUGAAGAGAAUGGGGAGGCUGGUCUGAGUUCACAUCCUCCCGAGGCCUUCAAUAAUGUUCACUCCACUAGUGUUGUCCAGUCCACAAGUUUGUGGCCCUCUGAGGGAGCAAGUAUAUCUGAAGCCGAGAUGCAAGAUCAAAUGGACCAGUUCACCCACAUUAUGCAGCAAAAAUUUCUUUCAGGGGAAGAUCAUCAGCAUUUAGAUUACUCAAAAAUCGACGAGGAUGUGACCUUAGAUGAUCAUUGGAUGAGGGAGGCUAAUCACGAUGCUGAAGAAAAGUACUUUGCUGAUGUUUAAAAAUAAUGGCAAUGAUGCUGGCUUGCAGCAGCCUUGUUUCCUUCUCAUUCACUUCUGCAUGCUGGCAACAUAUUGCUCAUGUAAUUACAUAUCCCUUUUUAAUUUAUAUGUAUAAGAUGUAGCAUCUGAUUUCUUUGAGGUUAUGCCACUCUCUUGUUGCAUGAGCUGCGCAGUAAAACCAGGAAUCAUGCCCUCGUGGCCGGUUCUAUGCUGGAAUAACCAGCUACGCCUUGGGUUGGGAUCUUCAAGCUACCUCAUGUGGUCGGAGUUCCUUUCACAGAAUGCAUCAAAUCUGCUCAUUUUUUUCAUAUAUUUUGUCAAGUAUUUCUGAAGAAAGUAAUCAGAAUGACAUCCAAGCUAUUUCGAUUGCUUCAGUUUAGCUGCAUAUGUUCAAGAGCUUCUGGGAUCUUUUUCAUUUUUCUGCCACAGAAGUUUGUUGCUCGAUUGCUUUCUUGUAGCUUCUUCUAUGAUGUUAUGGGCAAUGGGCCUUUCCUGCAAGUAUUCACAUUCCAUGGUUUUAUUGCACUCUAAUUAGUGUGUACUAUCUUUAU